GUAGAUAACUUUGUUCUUUCUAGAACUUUUUGUACAUCCCUUUCGAAAGUGCCUAACUAAUCUUUUGAGAAGCAAUUUAGCGUUAAGACUUGCGGGUAACUUCGUUUGUAUUCAGGAUUAACAUUUUUUUUUUUUUUUGUGCUUGUGUGUGAAAAUUAGGCUAUUGGGGAAUCUCAGCCAAUCAAAUAUCAGCACCUCCAUUUCAUAUGACCCUGCAGACUUUUUCACUUUCGCUUCCUGCUUUUUACUUGCUGCGUCACUGCACUUUUUAGUAGCUCUAGCCCUCUGACGCUUCUCACAGGAAAUCAAAUCAAAGAGAAAAAUGAGGAAAAACCAGCGCUUAGCCAUUGCAGUAAUCUGUUGCGUUGUCUUAACGCUCGUCAGAUUUGCUUUCAUCGCAGUGUUCUUCAUAACCAGCGUUAUUUGCAUCGUGAUCGCAGAGAGCCGUGUAGAAAGAUGCGAUGGCCAUGUAACACUACCUCAGAUGGCAGUUGAUAGUCUGAACACUACCAGCACUUUCGUAGAGACUGUGGUUUCGUCAUUUCUGAUCCUUCUAAUCUACCGGUGGAAACAGUUCAACUUCAAAAAUUUCCUCAGGGCUCUCCCGAGACAUGGAGAUUUUUGGAUGUGGACAACUUUGUGGGUUGCUCGCAUCUUCACGAACGUUCUCAUAGACAUAAUUCCCGGAAUUAACCAAAACUAUCCAGUUCUUAUCGUCCUGGGAUUUUCUCUGAGUUUUGAGUUCGCUUCAACAACAAUUUUGGCUUGCGCGUUUACCUAUGUUAACCUCCACAACGUAAAAUCGUGGUUCGCUCAGCAUUUUUCCAGAGAACGCGCCGACAAGUUGUUGUAUCUGUACCGAGCGAUUUUGUUUACAUAUGGCCUUCGAAUGCUCGCUUUAUUUCUGUACGACUCAUUUUUGGUUGCAAGACAAAUUGCACGCCAAAGCGAGUACCAGGAACUGGAUAGCUUUCUCUUAGCUUUGGAUGUUGGUUACAGGGGAAGUUUGGCUGUUUUUUUCUUUCGUAAAUUUUUUGACUUUGCUGUUCCGCAAGUUUUUGAAGAAGCUAACUCGAAGUCGAAUUCCCAGGUGAUAUCUGAAAAAAGGAAGGAAGAGAAAAAGGAGAUUGCUUCAUGCAGCGAAGUUGUUUUUUCUAAAACACUGGAAACAGCGAUUGGAGUGGAAGGCGGACAAAAAGAAAAGGAAGCAAGCGUCCAAAGAUGUGUCCACUGAAAAAGUUGAAUAUUCAACAGGAAAGGACCAUGCAGAAAUUAAUGAUGCGUAUAAUUUUUGGCCGAAAGCGAGUGUCUCGGCAUAGCAAUAAGCUGGACUGAGAGUUUGACAGAGCCCGACAGAUGUUGGUUUUACAUUGGACAUGACUAGCAGUUACAACUGAAGCGAUUGUUACGUGUUCACUAAAUUUCUGUACUCUUCUCAAUUGAAAUUAGAAAACCUUUGCUACAUUGUUCAUAUCAGAUCAGUCCAAACGCCGUCACGGUUGUGAUUUCCCCAGUUUGUAUGCAGGUGGCGCUAUCUAGUGGUAGGAUUGUGUUUGAUCAUGAGCGUCCUGAAUUCAACUCCCCUCCCCUUUGUAAAUAGGCAAGUAGCCACUCUCCUGCCCGUUGAGAUUUUUAAUAAGUUUCUGUUUAAGUUACAAUAUUUGUUUGCGUAUUUCAGUACAGUAGUGCUAAACACUUCAGAGUCAAAUACAGUGAAUAUAUUUUUUUAAACUUAUGAAUUAAUCAGUGACAUUAAUAUUAUAUCCUUUACUUUAUCGUUUCUAUUUCUGAUCUAUGAGCCAUUCGAAACAAGCCAUCAUUCCCUGUUAUGUCUCGCUGUCGCCCAUCUUCGCGGUCGGUUAACUUUUUUUCUGCUCUUGGAUGAAUCAGAAUCCUUCUUUUCACCAAGUAAGUAAGUAAGUAAGUAAGUAAGUAAGUAAGUAAGUAAGUAAGUAAGU